AUGACGUUUCAGGACACAGGGAGGACUUUUGCCGAUAAACAACUUUGAGAUCAAAACAAUCUGAAGAACAGCAACAUAGCGGGAUCUUUCUGAACCACGGCCACACCCGAGGACAAACACACUGUUUUUAUUUGUUUAGAUUAAAAUCAAGGCAUAAAGAUGAUUGGAAAGAUUCUUUCUCAUCUUCUUGGGAACGCUGGUGAGGACUUCGAGGCAGCAGAUGACACUUAUGAGGAGCUGAUGGAGUUUGAGGAGGGAGGAUGGGUCAUUGUUAAUCUUCCAGAGAACGGGCCACUAUCAGCCCCUGAGGUGGAUCCUCUGGAGAACCUGCUGAUCGAGCACCCCAGCAUGUCUGUGUACCAGAUGAGAUGCAGGGUGAGCGGAGAGGAGGAGGAGGAGGAGGAGCUGGGCUCUGAUGAAGAAGAAGAGGACAGCGCCAGGCCCGUGGCGGUGAGGCGGCACAUCUCGUGGCGUCUGGCGGCCUGGGGGAUCCCUCUGCCCGGCAACAUCCAGCUGCUGGCGGUGCAGCGAGCCAGGAGCCAGACUGAGAGGAAGAAGCUGAGCCGCAGCGCCCUCCACAGGCAGAACCUGGCCAAGAUGAGAUUCUCUCCUGCAGAGAAACGCUACGGCCACUUCAAGCAACCCUCCCAGCGCCUCUACAACUACUGAACGGGAUUUACAGAUCCAAUUGUGAGUGGGCGCGUUUCAAGUUGCCUCGCCAUCGCCCCGUUGUGCAGCACAGUGCCUUGACUCCUAAUUAACUCAGGUUUUUAGACAUUUUAUCGCCUCAAACAGUUAAUUCUGCAUAUGCACCAAAGCAAAGCAUGUAAAAUUCACCACUUCCUGUGCAGUAGAAUUAUCAAACAUCCUCCGCUAAAUGAACCACAGCAAGUUUUUAUUUUCUAUUUGAAUAUAGGCAACCUGCACUGCACCCCUCACAUCUGAAACCACUGAGACUUCUGAGUCUUGAUCUCCUGACAUCAUGAAUGACACACUUGAUUAGGUAUAAGUAGUAAGUUGGAAUUGUGUGACAGUUUUUCUAAAGGUGUUUUAAUGUGUGACUAUGAUCCAAAUAUGAAACCGUCAAACCUGUAGAAUACUUGGUUGAUUAUGAUAAUUAUGGUGCAGUUGGAUUAUGGCACAUUUUGACCGGUUCUUCAAUGGUUGUACUCAGUAUGUAUUAUAUUAUGUGCCUUAGCUUUAGAGGUUCUUGUGACAAGUGUAUUAAAAGCUGAUUUCAUACCACAGUGACUUGUACAGUAUUCAUGUCGUGUGAAAACCUUUGUGAAUUUUUUUGUUUGAGUCUGCUUAAGGAAUAAUUACAAAACCA